CCGUCGUUUUACCCUGACGUUCCAUGCUUAUACGUAUUUUUUUUCUCACCUCGAAAGUGCACGAUCCGUCGCAACGGCAUUGUCGGGAAUCCAGAGCGACUCGACUUACUCCCUUAAACGAGAGCGCUUCCUCGGGGGAUGACGGUGCGUGAUUAGACGGUGCUGAGCAUCGUGAAGCAAGCGUGGUUUCCUCCCGCUCGCGGCGACCGCCGCCAAUUCAAGUGUCGAAUCGAAGCGCAACGUCGUCGGCGCCUACCGGCUUCUCGCCACCCUUUGGUACCCGGCCGCCGUCGCAGCGGAUUUCAACAUCACCGCUCAUCACGGAAUAUUUGACAGGAUGACGGACAAUGAGGCAGCCGAACAGGAGAAACACAUGAAGCAGCUGAAGCGCAAGAUGGAGUGCUGGCGGGAAGUGAUACUACCCUUGUAUUCCGUUUUGCUGUGGGAACGUAGCUGGUACCCAGGCUUGAUCUUUGGAUUUGUAACAACGAUAUUCUGUACAAUAUGGAUCCUGGAAUUGUCUUUGUUGGCAAUAGUAUGCAUAAGUCUAUCGAUAGUGGCUCUUAUCGAUUAUCUUGUGCCAGUUUUGACCUCGCUGUUAUGCAAUGCACAGAGUUGGACGGGACAAAAAGAGAAGAAGUUGAUUGAGAUCUGCCAGAAUCUCUCAACUACCAUGGCACAGAUUGAGAACAUAUGGACAUCAGCUGCAAAAAUUCGGAUUGAUCGCCCGAGUAUCUAUUACAGCGUAACGAUCUCCUGUCUUCUUCUCUUUGCAUGGAUCAGCAGCACAAUCAACAAUUUGCUCCUAUUCUAUAUUAUAGUGAACGCGAUCCUUCUCACGCCGGGUGUUCGACACAAAGGACGAGCGCGUUGGGCCAUAAUACUUGCAUACGAUCGCUUAAUUCGUCGUCAUUUGCCAUAAUCAUCUUAGACCUUUAUUUCGUUUUCAUUUCUCCUGUCGUACCACCGAGGCCCUUCGUUCUACAUACAUGUCAGUCCGCGUGCAAUGUAAAUCUAUUCAUAACAUACGAUUACUUCAUAGUUUACAUGUACAUGUCAUCUCAUAUAUUAAUUUGUUCUAAGAAUUACAAAUAGUAGUAAAUUAAGUUGAAUGUUCUAGUACAUGAUGAAUUGAUUUACGCAUAUCGAUGGUAUAUUAGGUCGGUAUUGUGAUUGUCCUUCGGUGCCGGUGAGACGAAACAUCGUUGCUAUAUUAAAUUCGGAUGUCGUAUUGUAUUUUAUGCUUCAAUAUUGCUACUAUAAGGGGAAAAAUCAUUUUGAAUCGAUCUUUAAGGUGUUUUACACAUUGUUACGCGUGUAAAAGGAAACAUAGUAUAAGUGCUAUGUUUGUCGAUUGUUCGGCAUGUAUUUUAUCAAAUAGUGCGACAGCUGACAUGGAUUAGUUGAUGAUAAAUACUUGAUUGAAUUAAUUAUCAGUAAAAUUUUAGUUUUCACUAGUACAUCCAGCCAAAUUCGCUGUAACCAAAGUUUUGCGCGAAAUAAGAGAUCUGUUUUAGUAGGUAUGUUAAUACGCCAUUGUUUUGAUAUUUUAAGUGAUAUUUAACAUUGAAAUUUCUCUUCGUCGAGCAUGACUGUAUAACCCUGCGCGUGUAUAACGAUAACGUACGAUUAUAACUAAAAGCCUGUGGCGGCAUUGCGUUACUUGCGCAAGAAACUAAAAUUUAUCCUUUAUUAGUUUUAACGUAGGUUAUUUUCCUCAGAAGUGAAUGUAAAUGCAGUAAAGUAUUAUGUUCUCCAAAAACGUAUAAGGCUUUGUAUUUAAGGAAAAUAUACUCUUAUGUAUGUGAGUCGAA